CGCCACUCCAAGAGCGAGAGCAUAAGCAAAACCGCGUCCGUAUUUGCUAGCUAGCUACCUACCUACACACAAACACACUCUAUUGUGUGUAUAUGUGUGUACAUAUAUAUAUACAUAUCUCAUAGCUCCGUGAGUGGAUACAGAAAUAUCUCAGAGAGAAUUUGCACUUUCUGAUCUCUCUCUGCGAGAAAAAGGAGAAACGAUUGUGUGUUGGUUUAGGGGAAAAUGGAGUUGUUUUACUAUAUGGUGUUUGGGGCGUUGGCGGCGGUGGUGGCGGCCUUGGAGCUGAGUAAGAGUAACAAAGAUCGGAUUAAUACUUCGUCGGCAUUCAAUUCCUUCAAGAACAAUUACUUGCUCGUUUAUUCUCUCAUGAUGGCGGGUGACUGGUUGCAAGGUCCAUAUGUUUACUACCUUUACAGUACUUAUGGUUUUGGGAAAGGUGAAAUCGGACAGCUCUUCAUUGCUGGCUUUGGGUCUUCCAUGUUAUUUGGAACCAUUGUUGGAUCUCUAGCAGAUAAACAGGGGCGUAAGAGAGCAUGUGUUACUUACUGCAUCACGUAUAUACUGAGCUGCAUCACCAAGCAUUCUCCUCAGUACAAAGUACUGAUGAUUGGACGUGUUUUGGGUGGUAUUGCCACUUCUCUCUUGUUCUCUGCAUUUGAGUCAUGGCUUGUGGCAGAACACUUCAAGAGGGGUUUUGAUCAGCAGUGGCUCUCAUUAACUUUCUCCAAGGCUAUAUUCCUUGGCAAUGGUCUUAUUGCUAUUCUAUCGGGGUUGUUUGGAAACCUGCUAGUUGACUCCUUGAAUCUUGGGCCUGUAUCACCAUUUGAUGCUGCUGCCAUAUUCCUAGCAAUUGGGAUGGCUGUAAUAUUAUCAUCUUGGACUGAAAACUACGGGGACCCUUCAGAGAACAAGGACUUGCUUACUCAAUUCAAGGGUGCGGCUGUAGCAAUUGCAUCAGAUGAGAAGAUUGCACUGCUUGGUGCUAUACAAUCUCUCUUUGAAGGUUCGAUGUAUACAUUUGUGUUCCUCUGGACACCUGCUCUGAGUCCAAAUGAUGAAGAGAUUCCUCAUGGUUUUAUCUUUGCAACUUUCAUGUUGGCCUCAAUGUUGGGGAGCUCAAUCGCUGCUCGCUUGUUGGCUCGCAACUCGCUUAAAGUGGAGAGCUACAUGCAGAUUGUAUUUGUUAUUUCUUCUGCAUCUCUUUUGCUUCCAAUAUUGACAAAUUUCUUGGUAGUUACUCCAACGGUGAAAGGGGGUGGCAUCUCAUUUGCAGGCUGCCUUCAACUUCUUGGCUUCUGUACUUUCGAAGCUUGUGUAGGAAUUUUCUGGCCAUCCAUUAUGAAGAUGAGAUCCCAAUACAUCCCUGAGGAGGCUCGAAGCACCAUCAUGAACUUCUUCCGAAUCCCGCUAAACAUCUUUGUUUGCAUCGUCCUUUAUAAUGUCAAUGCAUUCCCCAUUACCGUCAUGUUUGGUAUGUGUUCCAUCUUCCUCUUCAUGGCCUCGGUUCUUCAGAGACGGCUCGCAGCAAUUGCGGACAAGCCAAAGACACAGGAAUGGACCAUGUUGAAGGAGAAAGAUGCUGAGGAUGAAGAACUAGAUGCUGCUUGAACAAUUUCUUCAACUGGUUGAAGAUUUCUAAUGGAGGUUGUUUCUCAUCUUUCUAUUUAUUGCCACAAUCAGUAAAGCGCAUCACCAUCCGUCUUGUCUAGUCGACGAAUACAAUUAAUUAAUUUUGACUUGUCACAAAAAUUACCAUAAAGUUAAACCGGCUAUGCAGCGAAGAUGGGGAAAGGAAGUCUUAUCUGCGUGCUUGAAGGGGUUUUCUGGAACAUGCUAGCUAGCAUCUAUCUGACUGUUCCUGUCCUGUAAGGAUAGCCAAUUUUCUUUCCAUAAUUCUGAAAUGUCUGUUUGUUUCCUUGAUCUCGGCCGCCCCACAAAGGGCCCUUAGUUUUUUGUAUUGGAGGCAUAUUUUUUAACUAUCUAUUCUUAGUGUAAGAGUGUAACGCCAUAAGCAUAUUCUUUUAAGAUUUUUAAGACGGUCAUGCCCUCUAUAUUUAACGUUAAUCUUGAGCAGAUGAUUUUUGUGCGCUCACAGCCAGCCACAUAUUUCGACA